AUGUCGUUAUUUAGCGUCCAAGCGAGGAAGCACACAACCUACUACGACCAUCUGAUGACCACAUCCAGGACACCGGGCAGAGACAUAACGUCUGGAGAGUCUGUGUGUGAUGAAGACAGCAUCAGGUCCUCUGAUAAGAGCCGACAGGUCAACAGGACUUAUGUGGUCUCUCAGACUCCUCACCGAGGCAGACUCACUCUGCAGAGGAGGUCCAGGAGGAGUAAGACGGGCUCUGAGACAACUGUAGCUGAAAGCAGCCAGAACAGCACAGCAGCUCCAGAGAAGAGGCUGACCCUGCAGCGCAGGACCAGGACCAGGACUCCCUCCAUGGAUGAUAAAAGUGGCACUGGGCUGCAGCCCAAAACACCGAAAGUCCUCAGUGAACCAAACGGUAGAUCAGCUGGUGUGUUCAGGUCUGCUAGCUUAAGAGAAGCUGCCUGUAAGAGCAAAGGAAGAGGAACCCCUGUGGUGAGCAGCAAAACACCCUCCUCCUCCACAGGUAGGCAGCUAGAGGACCAGGCCACCACCUUUAAAACCCCCACAAAGAAGACCCAGUUUGAGAAGAUAGCAGCCAGGAGAGACGUGUUCGAGAAACUGGCAGGAAAAGACGCUCCUAAACUAGUGGCAGUCAAAUCUGCAAGUCUAGAGAGGCCCAGAUUCAGAGCACAACAAGCUGGAGACGCAAAGCCUGUCCCAGCUCCUCGGUGGGGCAGCAAGACGCCCACAGGUGUGCACAAGCCAAACAGUGCAGUGCUGCAGGUGAGGAAGACCUCCACCUCGAGCAGCCAAAAGGGAGACAUGGUGGUGGUGACCCAGGCCAGGACCUCCAUUCCUGCUCCAGCUCCAGCACCAGCACCAGCUCCUACCACCGAGCAGCUCCUGUCUCGUCCCAGCGAGGCUCUGAAGCACCACCAGGAUUCAUUUAAGAUGGAGAACAGUGCAGUGGCUGUUGCAGUCCGUGUACGACCUUUCAAUGCCAGGGAGAAAGCAGAGAAGGCAUUGCAGGUCAUCUUCAUGAACGGUCAGGAGACUGCUGUCCAGCAUCCGGUCUCCAAACAGAGCUACUCCUUCACCUAUGACUUCUCCUUCUGCUCCGUGGAUGAGUGUGACCCCAGCUUCGCCAGCCAGCAGACGGUGUACGAGAUACUGGCCAAACCUCUGCUGCUGAGGGCCUUCGAAGGAUUCAAUACCUGCCUGUUUGCUUACGGCCAAACAGGUUCUGGGAAGUCGUACACGAUGAUGGGCUUUGGAGAGGAGGAGGGGGUAAUCCCACGAUUCUGCCAGGAGCUUUUUUCUAGAUUGGCAUCCAUGGAAAAUGAAGAGGUCAAGUGUCAUGUAGAGAUGAGCUAUUUCGAAGUAUACAAUGAGAAGAUCCACGACCUGCUGGUGUCCAGAGAUGAGCCAAACCAGAGGAGUAUGCCUCUGAGAGUGAGGGAACAUCCAGUCCAUGGUCCGUAUGUUGCUGACCUCUCUGCGAAUAUCGUGAGCUCCUACAAUGACAUCCAGGGUUGGCUGGCGCUGGGCAACAAGCAGAGAGCCACAGCAGCUACAGGAAUGAAUGACAAGAGCUCCAGAUCUCACUCCGUCUUCACCCUGGUUAUGACCCAGACUCAGACAGAGUUUGUGGAGGGCGAGGAACACGACCACAGCAUCACCAGCAGGAUCAACCUGGUGGACCUGGCAGGCAGCGAGCGCUGUAAAUCGGCCCAGACAAGUGGAGACCGACUCAGGGAGGGUGCCAGCAUCAACAAAUCCCUGCUUACCCUUGGAAAGGUCAUCUCUGCCCUGUCAGAACAAGCACUAACCAGAAAGAAGGUCUUCAUCCCGUACAGAGAGUCUGUCCUGACGUGGCUGUUGAAAGAGAGCCUCGGCGGUAACUCCAAGACUGCCAUGAUUGCCACACUGAGCCCAGCCGGCAGCAAUGUGGAGGAAAGUCUGAGCACUCUGCGCUACGCCCAGCAGGCCCGCACCAUCAUUAACGUGGCAAAAGUCAAUGAGGACACCAGUGCCAAGCUCAUCAGAGAGUUGAAGGCGGAGGUGGAGAAGCUGCGAUCGGCCCAGAUGAGCUCCCAGGGCAUCGAGCCAGAGAGGGUCAGAAUGUUCCAGCAGGAGGUCGCUGGCCUUAGGAACAAACUCUGUCAGCAAGAGAGAGAAAUGGUUGAGGCCAACCGGGCAUGGAGAGAGAAACUGGAGCAAGCUGAAAUCCGCAAACGUGAAGAGACAAAAGAGUUGCAGAAAGCAGGUGUGACAUUCAAAGUGGACAAUCGUCUUCCUAACCUGGUGAACCUGAACGAGGAUCCUCAGCUGUCUGAGAUGCUUCUCUACAUGAUCAAAGAGGGUCGAACCACCGUGGGCAAGCUCAAGUCUGAGUCCAGGCAUGACAUCCAGCUGACAGGAGCCCUCAUCGCUGACCAACACUGUGUAAUAACCAACGUCCAGGAUACUGUCAGCAUCACUCCCAUGGACGACGCCAAGACGUUUGUUAAUGGAAACCUCAUAUCUGAAUCCACUGUCCUACACCAUGGCGACAGGGUGAUUCUGGGCGGAGACCACUACUUCCGUUUCAACCAUCCAGCAGAGGUGCAGUCUGGGAAGAGGGUGUCAUGCUGGACAGGCGCAGGCGAUGGCCACAAAGACUUUGAAUUUGCCAAAAAUGAGCUACUCGUGGCUCAAAGAGCUCAGCUGGAGGCAGAAAUUGAAGAAGCCCAUUUGAAGGCAAAAGAGGAGAUGAUGCAGGGAAUCCAGAUGGCCAAAGAGGUGGCCCAGAAAGAGCUGUCUGACCAGAAGGCGCAGUAUGAGGACAGGAUCCGAGCCCUGGAGAGAGAGCUGACUGAGGAGACUCAGCGGAAGCGUGAGCAGGAGUUUGACCAGCAGAGGGUGGCAAGCCAGAUGGCAAAGCUGAAAAUGGACAAGAGGGAGCUGGAGCAGGAGGUGGAUACCCACAAGAAACGCGUCCGCCUGCACAUGGAGGCCCAGGCGAUGGAGGAGCACCGUGUGUGUCAGGCGAAGAUUGUCGACGCGCUGGAGGCAGAGAAGAGAAAGAUCAGCAGAGAGCUGGAGGAGAUGCAGAAGAAAAGAGCCUUAAGGGAAAACAACUCCCUCCAAAAUGCCUCUCCUCAGUGGGAUGCCAUGAAGUUGUCCCUGAUGAUCGAGGAAGCUAAUAAGAUCAGUGCUAAACUUAAGAAAAACACAAUCUUCAGCAGACACGAAAGCUCUGAAGAUGAGAACCUGGUGCCGGGUGGUCUGCUACAGGUGCGGGUUCAAAACAAAAAGCUGGGGAUAUCCACUUUCUGGAGCCUGGACAAGUUCCAAAACAACAUCGCUGCCAUGAGGGAACUCGAUCAGGGGGAUUCCACCUCUAAAGAUGACGAUGUGUUUUAUGACCCUGAUGAUGAGUGGGAGCAAGAUAUAUCGGCCUCCUCUGCUUCCACCUCCUCCUUCUCACGCCGAAGGAGCAGGAGCAUGUUGAAAAGCAGGAGAAUCUCAGGGCGUCUCUACGAGAUCCGGGUCCAUCCGAUUCAGAGCCUCCACAGCAGCUCCUCACAGUCUGCUGGGUUGAUGGGUCCUCCCAAACCGCCCUCCACCCACUCCAGCAGCUCAGACUCUGCCGUGCCGGGCAUCUGCAAGGAGCUGAUUGGUCAGUCAGUGGCCCGUCUGCGUGGUUGUAGUGGAACAGAAGAGAGCAUGGCAGACAGGUUGGCCUCUGAUCUGCACUUGAUGUACGUGGCAGUCCAAACCAUAUCUGACCUAUAUGACGGCCUGGAUGAUGACAGCCAGGAGAACGUGUUUGUGUGUAACUUGGUGGCCCAGACUCAACUGGUCAAGGCCAUCACGGCCACGGAGAGUGCAGUGUUUGUUACCAUGCAGUGGUUGGCGAGCGCUAAACCCUCCUCCGGCCGGCUCUACACCGUCGCUGAGGAACUCAAGAGCCAAGUCAAGAAGAUGGGAGGAUUCUUCCAGCUGCUCAUUCAGGGUUGUGAAUCCGAGAUCACAUCAAUGGUGACGGAGGCACGGAGGAAGAGCAGUCAGUGCCUGGAUGCAGCGUUGCUUGCACUUGGCCACCUGGCGGCGAUGACGGGCAUGCCGCUGAACGCUAUGGAGCGAGGCGCCCAGGCCACAGGCAAGCCAUCAUUUGUCAUGUGUCUGCUGAGGGGGACCAAUAAGGGCGUUGGCUCUCUCUUAGAGGAAAGCUUCACCAUCACCAGAGAGAUGCUGAGAGAGGCUCAGCUGGCCUACCCCAGGAACCCAAUCCUGCAGAGCCUAAAAUCCAAGGCGCUUGACUUGGCCCGUGCUCUGCAGAACUACAUGCAUUGCCAUAUUAUGGAGAGAGAGGCUGACCCAGAGGAGGGGGAGGAGGAGGAGGAGGCCUCUGUUUCCCAUCUGCAGAGACUGAGGACUACAGCGACCAAGCUGUUCCAGCUGAACCAGGCCAUCAGACAGCUGCAUUCCUGUCUGUCUACCGCCCUGCGAGGAAAAGACCGGGACUCCAACCUCAUCAGCUGCAGAGAGCAGAUCUCCUCCUCUGCCAAAGCUGUUGAUGAGCUCAUCACUGGUCUGUCCAAGGAAGAAGCAUCGACGCCGUCCCUGCAGCUUCCCUUUCUCGAGAGUGUCAUGGCCGCACGAGAUGAGCUUCACUCUGCCCUGCAGUCCCUGUCCUCCUCCUCCUGGACCCAGCAGGAGGCCGGAGAGAGCAGAAGCUCUACCGCUUCCGAUAAGAGCACAGAAGAUGAAAUAUUGAGUAAACAGACUCACAGUGCUGUUAGAAAUCAAGUUGUGAGUAAGAUAGUGUACGUUCUCCCUCCAGGUGUGUCAUCCAAAGACAGCCUACACUGGGUGUGAUUUAUAUUCUUUAUGAUGUGCUCACAUCAUGUACAAUUUACUGUAAAAAUGACAUGCUGAUAUAGAGAAAACUUCUGCUGUUAACGACGAAUGGGUCGUGGAUAUUUUCUUUUUUACACUCCGGUAUCGCCAACCUGGCAUCACACAACAAACACUGCUGGUUUAUUUAGUGUUGCCAUCCAAGUUGCAAAAACUAAGUUUUACUCAAAUACAACCAACUCUGUUUGCUAAAUGUGGGCAAUAUCUGCAUAUUACUACAGGCUAUUUUUCAAUUAUAAAUGUGGACAAACAAAUGAAUUCAAUAUGUGGACCUUUCAAAAUUCCUAUCAUUGUGUCACUUCUGAUGUGGUGUAAAAAGCACUGCUGUCAAGAUGUGCUGUAGGCUCUUUCUUUAGUCUAGAGCUUUAAAGUAUUGGAACUUAAAGGGAUAGUUUGGUUGUUUUUAAGUGGGGUCGUAUGAUGUACUUAUCCAUACUAAGUGCAUUCCUUACAAUAGAUGGUGGUUGGCACGCCCACAGCA